GUCUCCUUCCUCCUCCGAUCGUCCCCCUCCCUCCCGCAUUCCGCGCCGGAGUUGGGGACAGAGCGCCAGCGCCAGCGCCAGAUUGGGCGCUGCCACCCCGCCGCCCCGUCCUCUCUCCGGCGAAUCAAGUACAGCUCAUCUUUAGAAGGAAGUAUCUUAAACAUUAGCCUCUGCUUCCUCAGAACAUGGCAUCGGUGGGUGUGGUGCGUUCUUCCUUGGGGUUUCAGAAUGAAACAAGUACAAGUGGUGAUGUUGACCGGCUUCCGAAUGAGAUGAGCACUAUGAGUAUAAGGGAUGAUAAGGACAUUGAAGAUAUAGUAGUCAAUGGCAAUGGGACAGAACCUGGUCAUAUUAUAGUAACAAGCAUUGAUGGAAGAAAUGGGCAGGCUAAACAGACCAUUAGCUACAUGGCCGAGCGUGUCGUAGGCCAUGGGUCCUUUGGAACUGUUUUCCAGGCCAAGUGUCUGGAAACCGGCGAGACUGUGGCUAUAAAGAAAGUUCUUCAAGACAAGAGAUAUAAGAACCGUGAGCUGCAAACGAUGCGAGUCCUUGACCACCCAAAUGUUGUUUCCCUAAAGCAUUGUUUUUUCUCGAAGACUGAGAAGGAGGAGCUUUACCUCAAUUUGGUGCUUGAGUAUGUGCCAGAGACUGCUCAUCGUGUAAUCAAACAUUACAACAAGAUGAACCAACGCAUGCCAUUGAUAUAUGCAAAACUGUACACGUAUCAGAUAUGUAGAGCUUUGUCAUACAUUCACAACACCAUUGGAGUGUGUCACAGGGAUAUCAAGCCUCAAAAUCUUCUGGUGAAUCCGCAUACUCAUCAGCUAAAACUGUGUGACUUUGGCAGCGCAAAAGUCUUGGUAAAAGGAGAACCAAAUAUUUCUUACAUCUGCUCAAGGUAUUACAGAGCUCCAGAGCUCAUAUUUGGUGCUACUGAAUACACAACGGCAAUUGAUGUUUGGUCUGCCGGUUGUGUCCUUGCUGAACUCCUUCUGGGGCAGCCUCUAUUUCCUGGAGACAGUGGUGUUGAUCAGCUUGUUGAAAUCAUCAAGGUACUGGGUACUCCAACACGAGAAGAGAUUAAGUGCAUGAAUCCAAAUUAUACUGAGUUUAAGUUCCCGCAAAUCAAAGCUCACCCAUGGCACAAGAUCUUCCAUAAAAGAAUGCCUGCUGAAGCAGUCGACCUCGUUUCCAGACUUCUGCAGUAUUCACCAUACCUCCGAUCCACUGCUUUGGAAGCAUUGAUCCAUCCAUUCUUCGAUGAACUCCGGGAUCCAAACACACGCUUACCAAAUGGUCGAUUCCUUCCUCCUCUCUUCAACUUCAAGCCCCAUGAAUUGAAGGGUAUGCCAAUGGAAUUCCUGGUGAAGCUUAUCCCUGAACACGCACGGAAGCAAUGCGCCUUCGUAGGAUGGUGAUUUGUGAGCACAUCAUGAAGACUAGUUCAGAAUUUCUUCAGUCAUGCUUGCCUGCAGCAAUUUGGGAUCAGCUGGUGCAUGGAACUAAAUUUUUUGUCCGAGAUUCUAACGCGAUGUAUUCUUUCCCCCUCCCACUGUGCUGCCGAUGUAACCAAAAAUCAUCCGCGGUUUCUGUAAAGUUGAUGAGGAAGAGUGUAAUCAGAUUACACUGGAUUCGAUCGGUUUGUCAGAUUGUAGCAACAUGCGAGGAAGGAUGUUGCACACUGUGUAUGGGUCAAAAUGUUCGUCUGGUCCAAUGUUUGAACAUGGAUCAGGAGGCUGGCUAUUCAUUUAAUUGUACUUGCCACACUCAAUUUCUUACAUAUGAGUAAGAUUCUAAGAA